ACGGGCCCGGUUCAAGCGCUCAAACAGUGUGACGGCCGGUGUGCAGGCAGACCUGGAGCUGGAAGGCUUCACGGGCCUGUCGGUGGCCACAGAGGACAAGGCCUUGCAGUUCGGGCGGCCCUUCCACCGGCACUCCUCAGAGCCAGAUGCGUCCAGCCGGCAGUACUCGGUGUUCAAGACGGUGCACACACAGGGCCAGUGGGCCUACCGGGAGGACUACCAGAUGCAGUAUGACACCGUGGAGGUGCCCCGGCGGAACUCCUGGAUCGACAGGGGCUCCCGCAGCCUCCCUGACUCUGGCAGGGCCUCUCCCUGCCACCGGGACGGGGAGUGGUUCAUUAAGCUACUGCAGACUGAGGUGGAGAAGAUGGAAGGCUGGUGCCAGCAGAUGGAGCGAGACGCUGAGGACUAUGACCUGCCAGAGGAGAUCCUGGAGAAGAUCCGGAGCGCCGUGGGCAGCACUCAGCUCCUGAUGUCCCAGAAAGUGCAACAGUUUUUCCGACUCUGCCAGCAGAACAUGGACCCUAAUGCGUUCCCCAUGCCCACCUUCCAAGACCUGGCUGGAUUCUGGGACCUCCUGCAGUUGUCCAUCGAGGACGUCAGCUUGAAGUUCGCGGAGCUUCAGCAGCUCAAGGCCAAUGGAUGGAAACUCAUCGAGCCCAAG